CUUAUACAAGGCGCAAUCUGAUCAUCAACUAAGUCCGGUGUCAUUCCGACAUGUCAUCGACUGAGCCAGACAAGAAAUCCAAGAGCUACCAGCUGGAGCGGACUCGCAACAACCAGCGUCGCAGUCGUGCCAGGAGGCGCGAUUAUAUCGCGACGCUGGAAGCCAGAAUCCAGGAUUGCGAACAGUCACAGCGAGAGACUGUACGUGGGCCCGAUGAAGAUAGAGACACGGUAGACAAGCUUCAGAAAGAGAAUGCUCGUCUUAGCCUGUUGCUCGAGGCUCUUGGGAUUGGCAAGGAGUUCCAAGACUCUUACUUAGGAACAGGAGGGCUAUCACCGCUUGACCACAUUGGUGGCGAAGAUACUAUCGGCACUCUACAGGGAGAACCUUCCACAAGCACAUUGACUGUCCCUGGCCAACAGCAGCAGUCAAUAGAAUGGCCGCAACCUGUUGCGGCGUCGGGGGAAAUCCCUUUGGUACAUUCAACAUUCUCAGUUUCUACACCUGUACCACCACAGAUGAUGCUUAAUCCCCAGCAACUGCCACAUAGCGUACAUAGCAUGGCGCUCAGCCCCGAUCCCAUAUCACUGGUCACGCAGCUCCAAACUGCAUCCCCGGAGGGAUUGACGCCGUGCUCAGUAGCCUAUUCCCUCGCCUAUCAAUACAACCGCAAGGGACACGAACCUGCCUAUUUGGACUUUAGGCUUUAUGUCGGGUAUCGGGAAUGUGCAGUUGUCGGUGAUGGAUGUGCGGUAGAGAAUAGGAUACUAUUCGGAGUUUUAGCGGAUAUCUCCUAAAUUCGGAUUAAUAAACAAUAUUAUUAUGCUCGUGGCGUCAUUUGAAAUCCGGCGUUUCUUUUGCCGCGCUCUCAGAUCCAU